AUGUCCAUUGAAAUCAACGAUCCUGCAAUCAUUUCCGCUACAAAGGGUUCCAGUGGCGCCGGAUCUGGUGGAUCCAAUAAGAACUUGGUAGUUUCAGACGAUGUCAAUGCGUUUAUGCAGAGAUUAAAGGGAGAAACGACUGCCACGGAAAACACACGCAAUGGUACGAUAGGUGAUGAAGCUGGACAAGAGCUUUACAGCUCGACAUACAAGCCUGUUGACUCUACGAAAGCGUAUAUUUACAGCAUUGAAGAACUGCAAAACUUAAGCAAAAGCGUUACUCCAGAAUUGACAGCAACAAUCACCGCGUCAUUGCCAAAAAAGGGAUUCUGGCGUCUUACGAGCCGGCAUCCAGAUGUCAGGCGAGCAGAAAAUUCGGCUAGGGUGUCCAGCGACAGCGGGGAACCCGUUGCGCUUGACAAAAGAAAGCACAGAAACUCAAGAAGUUCAAGGCGUGGGAGCCGAUUUUCUAAGAAUGACAAACAUUUCGUUGAGGAAAAAGACAUAAAAGUUAAUAAUGACGAUUUGCUUGCACUUGAAGAAGAAAUUAAGCCCACUGGCAAUACCAUAUCUGAUUUCGAAAACUGGAAAGCAAAAAUGCGAGAAUUAGAGCGUAAGAAGAAAGGAAUUGCACUUAAAGAAGAGACAGAACCUUCCAGACCGUCUCUUGCGCAUACUAAUGGAAGCUCUUUCUCGGAUUUUUUCAAUUUGAAAAAAGAAGGUAGCUCCAACUUUGAAGAGCUAGAACCUUCAGACAAUCGUUCUGACACUUCAAAAUGCUCACAUUCGAGGUUUUCUUCGUUCUUCAAUUCCGCAUCAUCUUCAACCCCGAAUAUAAAUGAGACCCCCAUCAACAAGCCCUUGACACCUAGGGAAAAAGAGGAACCCUUAACGUCUGGUUCAAGGAUUCUCUCCUUUUUCGACAGACCUGAGCAGUCUAACGCUCAGAAUUCAAAUAAAAUUACAGCUGAAACGUCCAAUAGUGGUACUGAGUCUAACAAAUCGGGCACUCCAGUACCCCCAAAAGAGCAAACCAACACUUCAUUCUUCCAAAAUUUGCUCAACAAAGGAAAGGCUUUCGAUGACCUCCAAACGCCUGAACUAACAUCUUCUUUCGGAAGUAAACCUGCUCUCAAUGAAGGAAACUUAGCCGCAUCUUCAGCUACUAACGCAAGGCACACGGGAGCCCAAGUUCCAGGACCUGGCUCAGUCUCCAUUUCUUUACCGGGAUCUCAAAAAACACAAGUACCACCGGGUCCACCAGGUCCACCCGGACCUCCAGGCUUGUCAAGAGUGUCAGGAGGCAAGUCCCAAGGUAAUUUUCAAAAUUUCCCUAUGGGUGUUCCGCUCAACAUGCUUCAUACUAUGGGUCAGCCUUCCAUGAACAUACCCCCACCUCCAGGGUUUUCACCUUUUCAAGCCCCACCGGGAGUCCAAAUUCCCCAACAAGUCUUUCAGAACGAGAUAGCUGGACAGGAUGGGAAUCGAAUGGGUCGCGGAACGCGACAACCACGUCAACCACCCUACGUGGCAGGGGCACCUGGCGUGCCACCACCUGGGUUUGUUUCCAUGCAGGGCGCACCUCCAGGAAUGAUCCCAGAUAUCCCUUUGCAAAUGAAUGGAGUGCUACCUCCUCACGGAUAUUUUGCACCCCCAGGAGCAGGGUUCCCCAAUUUCAAUUAUAAUCCAACUCCAAACGCAUCCGCGCGCCCUCCUCCUCAAAAUGUCCAGAGCAACAUGCAACAAAAGUGA